AAAAUCCGGAAAAAUGCGCUUGCGCGUAAAUUCAACCGUCAGAGAGGACGCUGGUAAACACAGUCUUAGGGAGACCAUACAGCAAGCAUCGUAGCAGUGUCCAAUAACUCCGUAAAAUUCACUCAAGGUGAAUUUUGUAGACAUAAAAAUAUCAAGUGAACGAGGGAGUUUGGUAAAAGUGGAACGGAGAAAGGUGAAUGAUCCAGAUACCUGACUGUUGUGCAUGUUUGCCGUGGUGAUUGAAUGUGAAAUAAUUUUUUAACCCAACCAAUUGGAAGAGAAAAAAAUGUGGCUUCUAUGCGAAUUGUGGUGUUAAAGGUUGGAGUACAGCCGGUGAAAUAAAUACGUUGGCGAGCGACGGCCUGUGGUUAGAAAGAGGGGCUGUCGCGGGGGGUUGGUGAGGGAGAGGAAAAUUAGUUCUGAGAGGUAGAGAAACAUUGAGACAUACUGAUUGUGUCGCCUGUGUGUCGACUUUUCAUUGGAGUUGUGACGACGCAGGAGGUGACUGACGUUAAUUUUUUUUUUCACUUCACAAUUCGAGUUAUUAUUCCGCAAUUCUGUGCUUGUCGACCAUUCGAUUCCGAUUUUUUUUAUUUCUCCUUCCAAUCCAUUCCGGUGAAUUUAUGGGCCUCGUUCUGGGAGUUGUGACGCGAGGAACGUGGAGACAUGACAACGUGAUAGAAGCCAGCGGCGGAAAUGUUUUCAGUGCGUUUGGUAACUGCGGACAGCUAUCAGGCACAACCACUGCCUCAGCUGGAUCCAACAUUUUCCGUAUUUCGUGGUACGGAAAUUAAAAAUGUACCCGUCAUUAGGAUAUUCGGAACUACACCCACAGGGGAAAAAACGUGUCUACACGUACACGGCGUAUUUCCAUAUUUGUACGUACCCUAUACGGGUGAAGAGAAUGAGGAUAGGCUGGCAUAUAGGCUAGCAGCAUCACUGGAUGCAGCAAUAAAUAUAUCACUUGGCAGUGCCAAUUCAACGAGCCAGCAUGUUUAUCAAAUUCAGAGGGUAGCUGGAAUACCUUUCUAUGGAUAUCAUAAAAGGGAGCAUCAGUUCUUUAAAAUAUCGUUCUACAACCCAGCUAUCAUGAAGAAAGCAGCUGAUUUAUUGCAGACUGGGGCGGUGCUGGGUCAAAGUUUACAGCCGCAUGAGGCCCAUCUCAACUACACUCUUCAAUUCAUGAUAGAUUAUAAUUUGUACGGCAUGAGCUUCAUAAAUCUAUCAAGUGUUAAGCAUCGUAGGGGAAAUGAAUCGUCAGUUGAUAUGAUAACAUCAUAUGACAGUGUAAUUACACCCGUGGACCCUGUCGAGUAUCUUCCAGUUAAUGUUUUGCGUCAGAGUAUCUGUGAGCUGGAGAUAGACGCUAUUGCAACCGAUAUAUUAAAUAGGGAAGACUUGGCUAAGGGAAUUGAGCUGAAUCCGGGAUUGUCGGCAAUUUGGAAUGAAGAGAGAGAGAGGAGGAGACAAGUGGGUCUUGGGGGUGGUGAUUCUCAGCUUGUUAAUCCAAAGAGCCCACAGAGGCCACCAUUCCGUCCAACCGAUAGUGAUCUUUAUCAAGAGCAAAGGCUUGCACGACGUCUCUUAAUGAUAUCCCAGUGCGAUGAGAGCACCCUUUCAAUGAGUACAAAUCCAACUCCAUAUCCGGCUGAAGUAACACAGGGUGAUGUUAUAUUAAAUGCAUCAAAUUUUGGUAGUUUGAGUGUACCAACUUCUGAUAAAACUCAACGGCCAAAUGAAACUCUGAGUUUAAGCUCUCUAGGAUCCACUCAGUCCUCCCAAACUUCCCACGAAUGCAGUGUUUUGGAUUCUGAUGAUCUGCCAUUAGUGGAAUUACUGGAGAAUUUGGCUCGUGAGGCGGAUACUAAAGACUCAGUGGACGAGGAUAGCAUGUUGGGUACUCAAAUGUCUUCUCUGAAUCCCGAAGAGGACAAGAGUGACGAUGACAGCGGUACCAAUGACGAUUUAAACCUCACGUGUCUGGAGUUGGACUCCUGGAGUUCCUGGGAAGGUGUAAAGAAGCCCGCUAAUCAGAAUUCUCAUAAGUUAUCACCACCAGAGGACGACAUGGACUCAACACUUCUAAACGCUCUCCUGGCAGCAGGAAUGGACUCAGAUACAUCCUCAAAGUCUUUAGAAUCCUCAGUACCCCAGCUGGAUGGAGCUGGUGACUUUUGCUCGAGUCUCCUCGACUCAGAGGAGGAAGAGAACAUAGAAAUGGAGAUGGGAACUACCUCCCAAUUGUCACACUCAUCACCAGUGUGUAAUCAAUCCACCACCAAUUCGAGCUUAAGCCCCUCGAUCUCCUCUUCCUCUUCCGAGGAAACCAGCCAAUGCUCCUGGAACCUCAAAUACCCACCAACAGAAUAUGAACGCCUGUCGGAGGAUUUUGUCGAUGAUAUCGAAAAUAUAAUGCAGGAGAAUAUUCUCAUGGAGAUGAAUUUUACAAAUGAUGAAGAGAUUCUAGCAGGUGGUAGUUUAGUUGACGAUGAAAUACCUAUUGAACGUGUACUAAACGGUGAUCCAUGCUUCACUGAAACAGCUGAACUUGAUAAAUCUGAUCUCACUGAACUGCACGACCAAUACGUCAGCCUCCUCGAUAGACAAUUACUCACCGACAUUUACAAGAAAUCCCAGAAUCUAGAUAUCAUCAAUAACUCUGGAUCUGAGGAUACUGAAAAUAGUCAAGUUGUCUCGGAGAGCAGUGGCUUUCCAUCAAAUGUAUCUGUCAUUCAUAAUUCUCAAGAAUCUGUUGUCAAACAUUGCAAUCAAAAUUUGACAAUUGAUGUAACGGCUGUUGAUGAGAAUAAUAAGAAAAUAACUAGACAUACUAGUGACAGUUCUGAUUAUAAUUGCAAUGUUGCAACAUGGGAGGAGCUGCACGAUUACUUGCCAAUGGGUGUAAUUAAACGAAAGUGUACGCAAAAAGUACGUAAUCAAAUUGUCAACAGGAAGAAGAUUAAAGCAGCACUGUGCGAUGCUCCUGGUUGUAAUAAUGUUAGUGACAUCCCUGCGGAGAUUGUCGAGGCAAAUGCAACGAGUUCAUCAAUAAUACAGUCCAAUCCAGUGCGUGAGAAUAUCAUGGACGCACGGGUUUUCCCUAGUGCUCAGUAUUCAUCGUAUCUACUGAGUGAAAAUGAAACACUUGUCGCCCCUAUUCUUGCUGAUUUUGAAGAAUUGGCUGAGCCACUUUCACCAACAAAUGAUACGGGUAGAGCCUCUGAUUAUUGCUCAGACAGAUCACACAGAGGUACUAUAUUCGGUGAGGAUCAUCAUAGGCACUGUAUUUAUUCAUUCAAUCAUCGAAAAUUUGUUCAGGAUUAUGUGUUUACGGCCAAUGAAAUUUGGGUAAUUGAGAAACGUAAGAGGGGCAAUUAUUGUAAGAGCAAUUCAAUUAUAUCAGACCUGUGUAACAAGGAGUGUCGACUGCCGUAUGUACCAUUGGAGAAAAUGACCAUUGAGGAGGAGAAUGGCAGCCACGAGGAUCAAAAUAUCGUGGUGGCUGAGAGUGAGAUUUUGAAUUCAAUUAGUUCUACUCUUGAUAAUUCUCCAAAAGAACCACUGAAUUACGGUACAAUGGGGGCUGUUUCCAUUGAAUCCGAGAAUGAUACGAAGGAUAAGGGGAGAAAUACAUUCACCCGAAUAACGAGACAAUCCGAACGUAAUUUUGUUCAAUCACAAAGUUCAACUGAAAGUGGUGAUGGUCCGGUGAUCAUACGACGAGUCUUUGAAGAGAAAACCAGUGGUUCCACUUGUGUCAAGAAACGUAAGAUUAUUUUGAAAGUUGGCAGUAACACAGACUCACAGUCUGAUGAUUCGAGAGUCGAGGACAAUUCCGAUGUUCUACUGAAAAUGAAGAGAAAAGUGAGAAGAGCCAGAACCAAAGUACCUGAGAGCCAUUCAAAUAUUGAUAAUACACAGUUAUUAUUUGACGAAAGAAAUACUUCAAUUCCAGUCACUGAAUUGCAGUGCAUCAAUGAGGAAUCCACUGUGAAUACAAUGUCUGGAUCAUCCAACAUACCUAGAUUAAUAUGCAACAUUAAGACUAAGAGAAUUGGCAUAAAGUGGCUGUUGUCACUGGCAUCGAAAUGUCCGAGUAAAAUAAUCAAUCAACGAUUACAAUCAACAUUAUCAAGACCGCGACCGCAAAUUCGGAAAAUGGAAACAAUAACACAGAGGUAUAAACUACGGGUACGAGGAAGAGAGCUUGAGGAAGGAUCAAUACUUCCAACAGUUGAAGAUGAAAAAGUUGGGAUAACAAGUUCGCUCGUAACAUCGGCGAUAGAGGCCAAUAAUUCACCGGAAAAUUGUGAUAGUAUACGAAGUGAGGAUGUUGCUAUGGUACCAUUGAACAGUGGAAUUUCAUCAUCUUUGGAAAGUAAAAAUCCAGUGUCUAACGAUAGUACAGCAUCAGUCUACACAACUACUGUUGCAGAAGUGAAUUUGUACUCGGGUAAGGAUUACACUAUUGAUGCAGUCAGCCAAGAGAUGCCGCAAGUACUAUUUGCCGAGGACUCGAAUCAAUCCUUCAACGAGAGUACAAUGAACGUGAUGAGCUUGAAGAGAUCUGCGGAUGAGAUUCAGGGAAAUUCAACGGUUGAUCAAUCCGAUAAUUCCAGUGUUAAAUCAUUCGAGGGCGAUGAAUACAGUGAUCACGAGAGUGGAAUUUUAUCAAUGGUUGAUGAUUCGGGAAGUAAUGGUACAAUGAAUAACGAUGUAGUUGGUGAUUCUGGAAAUUCACCGAGUUCAUUUAGAGCACUUUUCAUUAAUGAAUUGCAAAAAUCAAAAAGGUGUGAACGAUGCGAAAGAUGUGACUGUAAUUCAUACAUGAAUAUGUUAACUAAGAGUAGUGAUACACUCAGAACGGGAUCACUCAGGAGUGAAAAGAUAUUUCUUCAGGAGGAAAAAAUGAGUCUCGUCACCAAGUCAAUUUACCGAAUUAUGGGCGAUGAUGCAAACGUAAAUGUUAAUUCUGCAAGAGAAAAUAUUAGGGUUGAAAAUAACUUUGAUAGUGAGGAUGAUACCCUAAAAGAUGUGUCUGAUAAAAAUCUUGAUAGUGAUUAUACCGUUGGAAAACCCUUAAGAUCAACUCCAAAAUCAUCCCCCAAGAAAAUUUCCAUAUUGAAAAGAAUAUAUUCAUCUAAUUCUGAGUCUUUGCAUAAUGAUGAGAGUAGUGAUUGUCGUGGAAAAAUUGUGGAUGGUAAUUGUGAAAUUUUGGAAAGCGAUAAAAUAACGAGUAUUCGAGGUGGGGCAAGUGAUAUCGACAGUGUUGAGUUGCAUUCAAAUCUCUCUGCUGUAGAUGAAUAUAAAAUAUUGUCAGAAGUUGGUACUGGCAAUGGUGGAAUUUUGAGUGAAGAGAUGGGGGAAAGGGAGAAGUGGUUGAAAAGUGGAUCAUCGGGACAGCGGGAGCCUUAUCUAGAGGUUGUGCUUGAGGAGGAUAAUAAUGUUGAAUUGGUAAUGGGUAAUGGGAAUGAGGGUAAUUCAGGAAAGACACUGUCGUGUACCGAGACUGGAGCCCCACUGAGAUUUAAUGGUGAGUGUGGAGGUGACAGUAAAACCACUUCCACUGCAGUACUCCUGGCAGAUUACAAUUACAAAUCUGGGGAAGGUACAAAUGGAGAUAUUGUUGGUGACGUAAAACAGGAAAGUUCGUCGUUGAGGAUAUUAAGUGGAGAAUUUCGGAAUGAUGAGGAAAUUAUUCCUAAUUCAGUCUCGAUUGCGGAUAAUCGAUACAAGCAACUAUUGGCAAUACGUCAGAAGAAGAUAUUGGGAGAUAUACCAGAGCGAGAUGGGAAAAUCGUAGCUAUUCGUUCGAGUGAAUUAAUCGAUAUCGAUGAAAACACGAGAGAUACAUUUAUCCUAGACGGUGAAAAUGAUGGCAUUGAUACGUGUUUACAGAAUUGUGUACGUAGUGCUGAGGAAUUAUCAAUUGCUGACACAAUUAUCAUGGAACCAAGCCCAGACAACAGUCGCGACAAUAACGAUAAACCUUUACUGGACGAUGGAAAUACGGCUGAUGAGCGUUCGUGUGUAAUGGAAGACAAACAAUUGUCUGAAGAUGCAAUCACUAGGGAUUUCAAUGGAAGUGGAAACUCGCUCUCGGGCGUUGAUAAAAAUUCAACAGAUGCUAAAUCAAUAGAUGAAAAAGGAGAGGAAAAUGGUGUUGAAAGUAGGAGAAUUGGUUCAGAUGAAAUUACGGCGGUGGUGGUAAAUGAUGGAGUGGCAAAAUUGUUGAAUAAAAAACCUGGGGAUGAUGAGGAGUGUUCAGCAUUAUCGUGUGAGACGGUUGAUUAUAUCGAGGAAAUUGUCAUAAUUGAGUUUGGAGACAAUGAUAAUCUAUCGAAAGGUCAUUCAACUGGUGAAAUACGGGAGGCGAAUGCAAAGGGGGAGAAAGCGGUGGGUGACAUCGACAAGAAUAUUAUUUCAAACAUGAAGAUAGUUUUUGGGGAAGUGUGUCCUGAGGUCGAUGAUCCCUCCGGGGGUCAAUCAAUUGUUGAGAGCAAAUUUGAGCCGGGCCGCAACGGUGACGAUCACUCCUUUGAGGAUCAACCGAUCAUUAAAGAAAGUGGCGUAGUUGUUGGGCAACUUGACGAGCCUCAACGAAGUGUAAAAGUGCCAGGCGCUGAUGCUGAUGACUACCUUGAAGUGUUACCCCCAUUUGAAGGACAGCACAAUGAGAACAAUUGCAUAAUUUUCGAAGAGACAGCUGGAGAAAUAAUAACUUCCACCGCUACUUCUGAAGUUCAUCCGCCAACUGAAAUGACUGCAGCCUCUGUGGUCGAGGAUUUGCCAUCAAAUCUGCAGAAAGUAACCGCGAAAAUCCGUCAACUUAACGACUCCCGGGAUAACACUGAGGACAUUGAAUUUUUAAGCUCCCCCGAGACAUUUGAGGACGAAACAAUAAUCGUAAUUAUAAACAAUCUUGAUGACGAUGAGGAAGUUGAAGAAGUCCCUUCAUCAGACUCUAACAAUCUCCUUCCAAUGUCAGUGAGUGUAAAUGACGGAACAGUGUCAACAAAUUUACCAGAACGAACAGAGGACUUGAGUCCCCCCAUAAAUCGAAUAGAACACUCAUUAGUAACUUUGAAUGAUGAAGUUAUCACUCUCUCGACUGAUUUACCGACAACACAAAUGCCAGUAUCGUCGACUAAGUGCCCGAGGUCAUUCGUAAAGUUGGAACGCCUUAAUCCAGAUAUUGUCGCCAAGUACCUGAAGUCCAAUACUAAGAGAUCAAACAAGAAUAUUGAAAACGUUAUAGUCAAGAAGGAAGUAACAUUUUCACCUGAGAUACUCUACUUCGGCAGUAAUGAAAAAAAAAUACUGAAAAAUUAUUCUGAUGACGAGCUGAAUAGAAACUCUAAAUCAACAUCAAACCCCGACGGAUUAUCUUCUCAAAACUCUAGUAUUAAGCUAUCUCUGAAAAUUAAUCGAUCAAAAGUGGACACGAAGUACCCGAGGAAAUGUCCCCUAGCUCCAUCAGCAAAAAAACCUCUUCGUGAUCGCGAGAAUAAUGAUUCAAAAAUGCACAAGCGCCCAAAAUUAUCAGACGAUUCCCAAGAACUGAAUAAAAGUGAGAUGAGUGAAUCUUCAGAUGAUACUCCAGAGAUAAUCUACGACUCGACAAGUGCAAUUGGCUCAGAGAACAAUAAACAGCUCUUCCUUGAGCAGAAAACUUUCCUCAAGGAGAAACAGUCACAGGAGAGUAAUUUUAAACUCGAAAUCAUUGAGGAUCCAGCAGUUGGUUGUGAAAUAAGUCAAGCAAUUUAUGAAAGUAUUCCUGAACUAAUUGACGAGGAAAAAUCUGAAAUAAGCCCUGCAUCAUCACUCGAGGUAGAAUCAUCAGUUUCUCUUCCCAAAUUGGAAUUCACAAGAUUAAGUAAGAUGCCCUCGAAACAGUCUCGUUCGCCGACAUCACCGAGUCCAUCGGCAUCCUCGAUAGUGUCAUCACAGUCAUUGGAAAGUUCAAUUCUCAAUCACUUACAUCUCACUCAGGCCAAUCGCUAUGUCAAUAGCUACGUUAUACAGUCAGCCUACAGAACAAAAUAUCACACAGUGAACGUUGACAAACGCCUAGCCCUCACCCAAAUAACAACAAAAGACUCAAAAUUGCGAGUGCGAACGAAUAAAGAACAAUUUCUCGUUCAACUGGGCUUAUAUCCAUUGAAUCCAGAUCUUGAGGAGAAUUGGGUGAAGGAGGAGAGCCACGUGUCCUACAUUCAACGACAACAGCCAAAGGUCGUGUUGCAUCGAUUGAAUGCACCGACUCUAAAGCGUUACGGUUACAGUCAUCGCUUCAAGUCCAAUAAAUUUGGCAAACGUUUUCUCAAUGGCAAUGACUUCAGAAUACCAGCGUACGAUGGGCCAGCUGAUUUAACCUCGAGUGAGUCGGACACUAGUGACAAUGAUGGAGAUGUUACAGUAAUAAACAGGGAAAAACGAGUUUGUGCGUACAAAUCCGUAAGAAAUAAAGAAAUACUGGCAACACCUAAGAAGCGCAAACAUACUGAUACACCUGAGAAUGGCUCACCACUAGCUGCGAAAUACCUUCGAUCAACACCAACGCGAACACCAAGCAGGCCAAGUAUGUUGAAGAGCCCUGGUCGUUUAUCAGGGAAUUAUACGCCUCUUAAAAUAAUUGUCACGUCUCCCAAGGUACGUAGAGAGGCACCAGAUACAACUGAACUGUUGAAAAUUGAUGCUGAUGCUGCUGCUAACAGUUCGGGUUCUGACACACCCAGGAUGAGAGAACAUGGAUUGCAUGAGAAUUUACUUCGUGGUAGGAUCACCGAAGCAACGCCUAUCCAAAAAUCAGGAAGUGAUCGUAAAGUGGAACUUACAAGCAUCGAGAAAUCAUCUCGAAAUGAUACUUCAGGAAUUGUCAGGAGAACGAGCGAAAAUAAUAAUGUGGAUACUGUGCAAGAGAUUUUAUCAGACAAUGAUCAGGAUGUAUCCAAGGAGAUAAACGUUCGCAAGAAUCUUUUUACCACACACCAUUCAACAGUAUUACAGAAUAUUAAUUUUUCACCAAAGCCAAGUACAUCUAGAAAUGUAGAAAUUCAUGUGGAGGAUAUUGCAAGAGAGAAUGAGGAUGAAGGAGAAACCACUGUAAGGGAGAAUUUAGUAUUUGAUGACGAAGAGGAUGAAUUUAGGUUAAAAUAUUCAACGUUAGACGAAACAAUAAUAGGAGAGAAUGAAGAAGAGAGAGCAACACAAACAGAAUACGAAUUAGAGGAUAAUCUAUGUGACAUGACAUUCACUGAGUACAUAUGCUCGCAACAAUUGAAAACCACAGCGGCAUUAUCGGAGAGAAGUUGCUCUGAAUCUCAGGGAGAUGCGAAAAAAGCAAUAAAAAUAAUCCCACGUUACGGUCCACCAUCGGCAGAGAGAGUCAGAAGUACAAUGGUAAAUUAUGGUAUUCCAACAUGCAGAAAUCCCCAGGCAUUUUUCAGCAAACAAGCAGAUGCACCUGGCCCACAAGAACUAGCGCACCAAGUCCUCAAAGUCCCCGGAAAGAGUCUGGUGGACGUUACACCAUUUAAAUCAUCGAUGGAGGAAAUCACGGGUCUCAAUCGUUGGAGGAGAAUGAAGAUAAAUGAAUUUCAUCCCUCCAGAGGAAAAAUCCAGGCUUCGAGUAUUCGUCAGAGCCUCGCUGGUCAUCGGUCAAUAGUAAUCACACCCUUAUUGCUCCCGCCUUCAGUGAAAGCUGUUAAAACCUGGAUCAAAGCUCGAGAGUAUUUAAAACGACAGAGAAACGAGGAGAGAAGUAACAUCGAUGAGGAGAAAAACCAACAACCAGAACAAACAAAUCAACAACUAGAAACAAAUACAGAGAAUCAAAAGAAAAAUAAAUGUGAAAAUAUCGUGUCCGAUGAGAACACAUCAGACUCAUCGGAUUCAAGUAUCGUCGGCCCCUCACCCGAGAAAAUCAUUCAUUCAAACUCAUUAAGACUCCUCGGGCGAACUCCAAGAAAUUCUCAAGUUGGAAAUCUACUCACUUCGACAUUGAAACCAUGUCUAUUAAAACCGUCAACGGAAACUGAAAAAUCGAUCGAUUCUAAGAACAGUUCAUCCUCAGGGACGUCAGACAGAUUAUCAGACAAAUUGUCUGAUAAAUCCUUGAAUCCAUCCGUGAUGAGUAUGCUUGAGAAAUCAAAAUUAUUCAAAAGCCAGACCUCCAGAAACCUUGGAAUCUCAUGUGGUCAAAUUGAAUGCGUGUCAGAAUCAAUGAGAAGUGACGUGGAGAAUGAGAAUAUGCAAAAUGCCAAAGCAGUUACAACGUAUCAAUACAUAACACUCAUGUGCGUCGAAGUGCAUGUGACAACACGAGGAGAUUUACUUCCAGAUCCUGAUCAUGAUCCAGUAUCAGCGAUUUUCUACGCAAUUCAUAGUGAUGUACCACCAGAUUCAAAGAUUAAAUCACUAAUUCAUGGAGUAAUUGCAAUUGCUCCUGAGGGCGCCAAUAAAAUGGCUUAUACGUAUGGUUGUGAUGUACCUCUCGAUAUUACACUUGUCCCUGAUGAAUCAUCUUUAUUUGAGGCUUUUGUUAAACUUGUUAUCAAGACAGAUCCGGAAAUUUUUAUUGGCUGGGAGCUUGAGGCACUCUCCUGGGGAUAUAUUUUUCAACGCGCCACAACCUUCGGUAUCAAUUUAAAUAAAAAGAUAUCGAGAAUACCUGGAAUUCAAUGUAAAUGGGAAACAACAACACCUGACUUGGAUGCACUGGGGGAAAUUAAAUUACCGGGUCGUAUUGUACUUGAUAUUUGGCGGAUAAUGAGACACGAAAUGGCUCUGCUAAAUUAUUCAUUUGAAAAUGUUAUCUAUCAUGUGAUGAAUGAAAGAAUUUCAUGUCCAGGAUUUAGAACACUGACCGAGUGGUGGAAUAGAGAUAAUAUCAAUGGUCGAUGGAGGGUGGUUCAGCAUUAUGGAGUGAGAGUUCUCGGGGUUUUGAGAAUUUUAGAGCAAUUGGAUAUCAUUGGACGAACCAGUGAACACGCGAGACUCUUUGGCAUUCAAUUUUACGAGGUUUUUACGAGGGGUAGUCAGUUCAGAGUGGAGUCUAUUAUGCUGAGACUUGCUAAACCGUUGAAUUAUAUUGCUGUAUCACCAUCACCACAGCAAAGAGCAGCAAUGAGGGCUAUGGAAGCACUACCACUAAUCAUGGAGCCUGAAUCUAUUUUCUACAACGAUCCUGUUAUUGUCCUUGACUUUCAGAGCUUGUAUCCGAGUAUUAUUAUUGCUCAUAAUUACUGUUUUUCCACUUGUCUUGGAAGAAUUGAGCGCAUUGGACAACAGUGUCCUUAUGAAUUUGGUGCAUCUGUUCUCAGAGUUACGAAAAAUACUGCCCUGAAACUCCAAGGAAAAGUCAACUUUGCUCCUUGUGGUGUUGCUUUUGUUAAACAGGAUGUUAGAGUUGGAAUAUUGCCGAGAAUGCUGACAGAAAUACUGGAGACAAGAUUUAUGGUGAAGAAAGCUAUGAAGGAUCAUGAUAAGAAUGAUAAGACACUGCAGAGAGUACUGCAUUCACGACAACUUGGUCUCAAGUUUCUUGCGAACGUUACUUACGGAUACACAGCUGCUAAUUUCACAGGACGAAUGCCAUGUAUGGAGGUCGGUGACAGUGUUGUUAGUAAAGCCAAAGAGACGCUUGAACGUGCAAUAAAACUUGUCGAGUCGACGGCCAAAUGGGGGGUGAGGGUUGUUUAUGGAGAUACUGAUUCACUUUUCAUUCUGGCGCCGGGAAAGUCCAAGGAUGACGCCUUCAAAAUUGGCUAUGAAAUAGCAGAAGCUGUAACCGCAGAUAAUCCCUCGCCUGUUAAGUUGAAGUUCGAGAAAGUUUUGUUUCCUACUAUUCUGCAGACGAAAAAACGUUACUGUGGCUACAUGUACGAAUCGCCGGAUCAAGAGAAACCAACGUUCCUGGCGAAAGGUAUUGAAACAGUUCGUCGAGACGGUUGUCCAGCAGUUUCUAAGAUGCUAGAAAAAUCCCUGAAAAUUCUUUUCGACACCAAAGAUGUCUCCCAAGUGAAGCAUUACGUGGUUCGCCAACUGGACAAGAUUCUCCGUGGAACAGUUUCCCUCCAGGAUUUGACAUUUGCCAAGGAAUUUCGAGGUUUGCGUGGCUACAAAGAACGUGCCUGUGUACCAGCCUUGGAAUUGACCCGUCGUCUGAUGAAAAAAGAUCCUCGUGCGUUGCCGAGGCACAGUGAACGAGUUAAGUACGUGAUUGUAGCUGGUGCACCAAAUCAGGCGCUUAUUCACUGUGUAAGAUCCCCCUGGGAGGUGCUAAACGAUCCUGGCCUGAGGCCCAAUGCCAUUUAUUACAUAACUCGUGUGAUAAUUCCACCGCUCAAUCGUUGUUUAAAUCUCAUGGGAGUUGACGUUAACACUUGGUACAGAGAAAUGCCACAUAGACAUAUUUUAAAUAAUCCCAUUGCUGUACCGAGUGAUAAACAUAAACAAACGAUUUUUCAAUAUUUCGGUAAUAUUAUUUGUGCUGCGUGUGGGCAGACUAGUAAUAAAGCUCUGUGUUCUGAUUGUCAAUCAAGGCCAUCUGAUACUCUUGUUAUGCUUAAUGAAAAAUUGAGAUGGUUGGAGAGAGUCUAUAGAGAAAUCACGACUGUCUGUCAAUCUUGCACUGGCCGUGGUGAUUAUCCUGAGUGUGUCUCGUUAGACUGUCCAAUUCUCUAUCGUCGAAUUGAAGCACAUAGACAAUUAUCACAGGGAACUCAAUUGGAGAAGAUAAUUCAUGAUGGAAAUAUUGAUUUUUAAAUGGACUUCAUGAUUCUCCAUUAUUAUUUUCAUUAUUGAGACUCAACUCCAGCAAUUACAUAAAUGCGUGUGAUAAUUCCAUCAGUCUAUCACUGCACAAUCUUUACGGGGGCAUAUGUCAACACUUGGUGCAUAUGAAUACUUAGACAAUCUCCCUGUUGUCCUGCGUGACAAAUAGAAACAAUUUUCUAAUAUUUUGGUUAUAUCGAUUGGGCUAAGUGGAGACAGACUAGUAACAAGAAUUUAUGCUCUGAUUGUCAAUCAAGGCCAUCUGAUGCUCCGAGGUAAUUACAGCAGAGAGCUCUGUUGGCCACAAUAAUUACAGAUCAAAAUAAUGUCUUUAAAUGCGCACUGGUAUUUUUAACGUUUUAAUACAUUCAGCUCAAUUGAAAAAAAACACGAUCAAAGGCAAACAGUAUUGAUUUUUAAACGUGCUAUCCAUUGAAACAAUUCCAUUUAUUAUAUAACUCGCGUUACAAUUCUACCACUCAAUCGUUCGUUAAGCUUUAUGAGAGUAGAUGCCAACACUCGGAUCAGGGAAAUUGUAUAUUACAAAGAAUCCCACGAUAUGUGAGCAGACUAGUUAGGAGACUUUAUGCUCUAAUUGCUAAUUGAGGCCAUCUGAUACUUUUAUAAUGGGUAAUGAAAAAUGGAGAUGAUUGGAGAUGGCCUGUGGGCAAAUCAUUUGUAUUUGUCAAUAUUUAACUGGACUUACCAACACUCCUGGAUAUGUCUCAAGCACAGGGAGAGUUCAUACUACUAGCUCAAUUGGAGAAAAUAAUCAAAGAAAAAAAAAAGUAAUAAUUUUUUAAUGAAUAUCGUGAUAGUUUAUUUUAGGCUUCCAAAAAAUCAGGGGUAAUUGAGAGUAUUUGGAAUGAUCUUGAAGUAUUUUUCAAGCUCCUUGCAUUCCUCACUAUUUUCUAUCAUACUAAAAAUAAACCUAUUGUUUGAUGAAUUUCAUUAUUCAAUGAUGGUGAGCGAAAAGUGUCUUGCGAAUUGAUAAAUUGGCGUUGAUAAUGUUUUUACAAAGGUACAAUACAAAGUUAUUUUCUAAUACCAAAAUUUUUAUACUGAAUAAUGGGGGCUUGUAAAAGUGAUAAUGCCUAUAUUUUUCGUAGUAUAAUGUUCAUUUUUUUUCCUUCGGAAAUAUCUUCCGCAGUUUUUACUAAAAAAAUACUCUUUGCUCAUCAGUGAACCGGAAUAGGUUUAUUCAUUAUUUUAAGUAUUUUUUUUUAAUUAAUCCCACCAAAGGUUUUUGAAAAUUUCAUCACUCGAGCUCAUUAUUAUUGGCAGACUAAAACGAGCAACAUUUUUGUGGUUCAAUCGAUAUGAUGCACUACACAUUGUCGUUCAGUCAUUAUUUGCCCAAUAAUUUCAAAUAGCACAUGGAUAUAAUCGAUAGUUAAAUUUGUGAAAGACUUUGUCUCGAGUUUACUGUCACAACAUUAAUGGAGAAAUCUUUUGAUGACCUCAUAACGCUUAGUAAAUCCAUUUAAUUUCAUUAGAUGAUAAUUGAGAGGCUGCGAAACGCCUCAAAGUGCCAUUGUUCCUCAUUAUUAAUCUCAUGGAGAAUACUUACCGAAUUAAAGUUUAUCAUAAAGUUUUAUAUUGAUUAGAAGAAAAAACAACAUUGAAAAAAUAACAAAAAAAAAGAAACUCAUCAGAUAUCAAAAGAAAUUGGAAUGCCGCCGGCGGUAUGUGAUGUAGCAUUUGCACCUGAUCAAAUUAAUUGUAAGGGAAUUAAAUUUUGGCCGGUUGAUUGAACCUAAUAAUACAUUUCGAGGAUUUUUUAAUUCGGUAAAAUGUACUGACUCCAGCGAUUAUACGUUGAUCAUAAAUGUAACAUUUUUGGGACAUUGAGAUGAAUAUAUUUGUAUGAAAAAAACUAUGGAGAGGAAAAUUGUAGAAUAUUGUAAGCAAAUUAACAGUUAAGUUUGUCCCUUGUGGAGAGACUCUUAUCUGUUUUCGAUAUCACGGAGCAGACGAUUCAAUGCACGAGUUAGGAUUUACUGUUAUAAAAUUGUUAAAUUCAAGACAGUACAAUUCUUCAAAAUUUUCCAGGUCUUUUUUGAAAUUUAUCAAACAAAUAUGUACCAUGUUUUCACUGUUCCAUUUCGAAAUGCAAGGCUUGUGCUUGGGAUCGGAAAAUUUGAUGAAAGAUAUUAUAUACAUAUCUUUUUAAUUCCAUAAAAAUUGUCAAGAGUCAAGAAGUUGAGGUUCGCAACUUUUCGUUUUUUUCAUUAUCCAGUAGAAUGAGUAUUAACAGUAUUUUACAUCACAUUUUGGUCUUUCACCACAAAAAAAAAUGAAAAUUGUACAGUAAUCCGUGGAAUCGAGAAUAUACAAGAGUUUCUCUUCAUCACAAUGCAUAAAAUCAUUCAUUAAUUGGAGGAAAUUGUUUAAGGGAUUAACAACGAAAGAAUAUUCAUUCAUUGCGUUGUAUGUAUUACGUGAGUUUAUCGUUGUUAACAAUUUGAUUGAUGACUAAAAGAAAGCGAUAUAAAUGCGCAUAAAUAAAUGACGCGUGUGUGAUAUAGAUGUAUGUGGAUUAGGGAAGGGCAUUUAACAUGUAAACAAUAGCCCCACUCCUCCCCUCUGUAUAUAUUUUAUUCAUUUUUUCGUACAAAUGAAAGACUGCUAACGUAACUUCUCUACGCCACAUCCUAAAACGCGUAAUAAUAAGUUGAUUAAUUGAAUGAGAUGAUUAUUCUAAAAAAGAUAGUUUAGUUUAUUAAUGAUGAAGAAGAGGAAUAUUAAUGAUAGCACAGUCGUUGUUGAGGUGGGGCAUUGUUUUUUGCAUUAUUUUCCUCUCAGUUCCUGAAGGCUCGUUGUUCUGAGUUUUUAUUUUUUGUACUUAAGUUGUUUUUGUGAGAAUGCUCCUGUGGCAUUAUGUGUCACAAUCUAUCAAUUUAUUUUUCCUCAGUCCUUUUUACAUUUACAAUAUUUUUUUGAAUUAUUGAAAUAAUUAGUGAGCAUAAAUGAAAUUACUACAUUGGAUUUAUUAUUAAUAGAGGAAAAUGCGUUUUCUGAUGACUGUGAUACAUGGUCUCAUUUGAGUUCUAUCGUUUUUCCACCUUUGUAGUAUAAUUAAUAAAAAAAUGUAACUCUUGAGUAAAAAAA